GGGCGAGGAUAAAGCAAGAUGGCGUCUGACGGUGAAGACGUUAUUGCAGUCGUCACAGUUCAGUGUUCUUAAUCUGUGCGUCCAUGUACACAUAUAUGUCCUUUAUUACACUCUAUUAAAUAGAGUAAACAUCGUUAAUAACUGUUUGCAUCCGGUUAUAUUAGUCUGAGCGCACUUUGAUGCUUCUCGAGCUAGCUUAGCGUGCUAGUUAGCUUAGCUUGUUAGCUGCUAACAAAGAGAGAUGAAAACACAUCGCUAAGCAGAGAUCAAGUGUGAGUGUAAAGUGUUGUGAUUGUGUGAAAAUGUGCGAAAGAACCAUAGCAGAGUACGAGGAGGAACUUUGUCCAACAAAAGAGGAGAAGGAGCGACAACAUGAAAAACAUCAAGUUGUGUUACACACAACAGAUUGUCUAUAGGAAGAUGAAUUGUCAGACAUCCAUCAGCUGAUUGGACACCAAGAAGAAUGUCUCCCUCAUCUGCAGGGGGACAGUUUCACUUCAGAGGAUCCACAGCCCUCACACAUGAAAGAGGAAGAGGAGGGAGAGUGUGUUGUAGGGCAGGAGGAGGAUGAUGUCAGCAAGUUUCCACUGCCUGUUGUCUCUGUGAAGACUGAAGAGCAUGAAGACAAAGCACCUGAGUCCUCACAGCUUCAUCACAGUCCAAACAUCCAUCAGCUGAUUGGACACCAAGAAGAAUGUCUCCCUCAUCUGCAGGGGGACAGUUUCACUUUAGAGGAUCCACAGCCCUCACACAUGAAAGAGGAAGAGGAGGGAGAGUGUGUUGUAGGGCAGGAGGAGGAUGAUGUCAGCAAGUUUCCACUGACUGUUGUCUCUGUGAAGACUGAAGAGCAUGAAGACAAAGCACCUGAGUCCUCACAGCUUCAUCACAGUCCAAACGUCUGUGAAGAACAUCUUCACCCUGAGCAACAGCAGUGGAGCUUCAGGAUGGAGCCACAGCCCUCCCACAUUAAGAAGGAAGAGGAAUACCCACUGAUCCCCCAUUUUAAAGAGGAAGAGGAGGACCCACUGACCCAUUACUUUAAAGAGGAAGCGGUGGACCCACGGAGCCCUCACAUUAAAGAGGAAGAGGAGGAACACAGCAUCAGUCAGGAGGGAGAGCAUCUUGAAGGACUGGAGGAGGUUGAUGUCACCAAGAUGCCAGUGACUGGUGUCCCUGUGAAGAGUGAAGAUGAUGAGGUCAAAGGUGAAAGUGAGGAGAAGAGAGAGGCGGAGCCUCCAAGCAGCAGCUCAACACAACACAUGACAACAGAAGCUGAUGGAGACCACUGUGGAGGAUCACAAGCAGACAAGAUCUUAGCUCCACUAUCAGAUAGUGAGGACACAACGUCACACUCUCCUGACACUGAUGAUGAACACUCUAAAGAUGAUGCAACAUGUCACACUGACAACACUCACUUCACAUGUUCUCACUGUCACAAAACUUUUAAUGACCGUAGUUCUCUGAAAGUACACAUGAGAACACACACUGCAGAAAAAACGUUUUCAUGUUCAUUCUGCGGUAAAGAUUUUACUCAUAGGCACGAUUUGAAAAUACACAUGAGAAUACACACUGGAGAAAAACCUUUUUCCUGCUCAGAAUGUGGUAAAAGUUUUGUAACAAAUCAAAGUUUAAAAGCACACAUGGGAACACACACUGGAGAAAAACCUUUUUCAUGUUCAAUCUGCGGUAAAGGUUUAACUCAUAGGCAACAUUUAAAAGUACACAUGACAAUACACACUGGAGAAAAACCUUUUUCCUGCUCAAAAUGUAGUAAAAGUUUUGUAUCAAAUCAAAGUUUAAAAGCACACAUGGGAACACACACUGGAGAAAAACCUUUUUCAUGUUCAAUCUGCGGUAAAGGGUUAACUCAUAAGCAACAUUUGAAAGUACACAUGAGAAUACACACUGGAGAAAAACCUUUUUCCUGCUCAGAAUGUGGUAAAAGUUUUAUAAUAAAUCAAAGUUUAAAAGUACACAUGAGAACACACACUGGAGAAAAACCUUUUUCAUGUUCAAUCUGUGGUAAAGAGUUUACACAUAGGCCACAUUUGAAAGUACACAUGAGAACACACACUGGAGAAAAACCUUUUUCAUGUUCAAUCUGUGGUAAAGAUUUUACUCAAAGAGAGCAUUUCAAAACACACAUGAAAACACACACUGGAGAAAAACCUUUUUCAUGUUCAAUCUGCUGUAAAGAUUUUACUCGAAGGGACUAUUUCAAAACACACAUGAGUACACACACUGGAGAAAAACCUUAUACAUGUUCAGUAUGUUGUAAAAGUUUUGUACAAAGUCCGCAUUUGAAAAGACACAUGAGUACACACACUGGAGAAAAACCUUAUACAUGUUCAGUAUGUGGUAAAGGUUUUGUACAAAGUCCGCAUUUGAAAAGACACAUGAGAACACACACUGGAGAGAAAGUGUUGAGUUGCAGUGUGUGUGGUGAAAGAUUGUCUUCUAAGUACCAGUGUAAGAAACACAAGUGUGCUGGUGAGAACAGCAGCAGCAAAUGAAGAUGCAGGAUUUGAAAUAAACUGUCUAAACUUUUACUUUGACCAUCUAGCAUCAUCAGCACAUAGAUUCUAACAUUUAUAGAUUAGAUAUUGUAGAUUUUUGCUUUUUGUCAGUCAAGUACACGUUUUAAUAUAGAACAUUGUGUACUUUUAUUUAAAAAUGAACACAACACUUUGACUGUAAAGGUGAGAAUAAACAGGACAAAACAUGUUACAAAUACUUUUUAUGUGUAUGGAGAUAUUCAGAAAUAUUUUUUAAUUAUUAAUGAUGUUAUAGAUGAACUCCUUUAUAUGAUGUACAUAUUUGUUUUACAUGUGUUUAUACCUUUGCUUUUGAGUACUCAUAAAUCCCUCUUAGUUCAUAUUUACUGGUUCACAUGUGAAACAUCUUCUGGACCACUUCUGGAAGCAUAUUAUUAUUUACUUCAUACUUUAUUUGAGCAGUUUUGUUUUAUACAAUUUUAAAAUGUGUGACUUUAUGAAUCAUUUGUUGGGUCUCAAUAAUCCAUUAUUUUAAUUACCUUUAUUACUCUCUUUUGUAAUAUGAUGAUUGUUUUAUAUGUAUGUUCCCUUUAUGCAAUAUGUAGAUUAGUGAAAAUGGCAACAUUAUAUGUGGAAGGUUAUGAAGGAUAGUUUUGUUUUUGAUAAUCUACAUUUCUAAUUAAA